AUGGUCUCUCUCAAGACACAAUUUGUUUUCACUGCGCUUUUCGUUGCUGGUAGUGCCAGCGCCGCUGGGCACAUCAAGAGACACGGUUUCCAGCACCACCACCACAGCCAGUGCCGGUCGCGCCUGGCUUCAUCGACUGAGGUAGCGGCCUCCUCCGACCUCCUCGUCGCCCACCCGCACUCAACGGCGCGUCAUCACCCCGCCACAACCGCAGCCACAACGUCCAAAUUUGUAACCAGUAUCAGGCCAGCGACGUCGACGUCUGCAAUCGUACACCACAGCUCGAGUUCCGCUGUUGUUCAUACGACAACGACGAAUCUGCAUCUUCCAACACCAACCACCUCCACCACCCAUGUGACUACAACGACGGUUACUCCUGCUCCAACAACCACUACCAUGCUUGCGAACCUGCCGACAACCUCCAAAGCGGCUGUAGCCCCACACGCGGCCUCGCUCGUUCCAAACAACGUCAAGGCGGGCAUCGCUGGAGGCGACGCCUACCCGUACAUGAAAGAUCACAUCGGGUGGUGGUACGACUGGUCCCCAGAUCCCUCCAAACCUGGCACACCCAUUGCCGUGCCCAUGCUCUGGGGUGGCGGUACCGCUGACAGCCAAGACGCGCAGCGUCUUGCUGCCUUUGAGCAUCUCUCCACGGCCCCAAGCUACGUGCUCGGAUUCGAGGAGCCAGACUGCCCCAGUGGCUCUGGCUCCGCCGGCAUGAGCGUAGAGGACGGAGUGGCCAAGUGGGAGGAGCUGAUCGCUCCGCUCAGGAAGAAGGGGACGAAGCUGGGGAGCCCGUCGAUGUGCAAGCAGAUCGACGAGACCUGGUUGGCAGAGUUCGCGCAGAAGAUCACAACUCCUUGGGAUUUUACGGCGGUGCACAUCAACAAGAACAACUUGGACGGCGUCAAGAAGGACAUAGCUCAUUACAUGACCUAUGGUAAGCCCAUCUGGGUGACCGAGUUCGCCUGCGUCAAUGACCACAACGGCUUCGUCCCAUGCACCGACCAAAAAGAGAUCAACAACUUCAUCAACGAGGUCGUGCCUUACUUCGAGAGCGAGCCAAACGUGUACGCCUAUGCGUACAGUAAUGGCCUGGGGCUUGGAGACGUUUGGCCGCUCAUGAAUGGGAAUUCGCUGAGCGAAUCUGGACGGACGUACCUUGCUGCCAUCAGCCAAUUCCACUAA